CAUGUAUGGUUUGACUGUGUGUGAAAGAAUUUGUGCGUGGUGUGUUCUGGAGUUUGGGAAUGUGUUCUGUGUUAUUUUGUUUGAGCAGGUAUUUGUGAUGAUAGAUCUUGAGAAGAUCUUUCCGACGCAACAAGAAUCUCUUCAAUUGGAGCAAGAACGCGAAAGCUAUGAAGAUUCAAAGUUCUUGAGCUUGCGUUACAAUUGCGGCGGUUACAAAGUGAAGUUGUGGGGUGACUCACAAUGGAGUUGGGACCUUUGGGGUUGGGGAAAUUCGUCACUCUACUGUAACAGCUGCAAAUAGGUUGGGAACAACCAAGCUAGGUUGGCAAGGGUGGCCAACUUGGAUGGAUUGGUUGGGAAGGGACAAAGGUCAAAGUUGAGGUUCCUAUAGGGAGGGAAUCUUUGUGCUUAUGGGGUUUCCUUGGUUGGGGACUCUCUUGGGACCUUCCCUCUCAUCCCUCUCUUCCUAUCCCAACCUUUCUCUUGCUCCUUCCAAUUCCUUGGGAAACUCUGCCGAAAUUUCGUGGACGCCGAUACUUGUGAAAAUAUCGAGGGAGCUGAGUGUGGACAGCAAAGGGGAGCUGAAACUCGUCAUUUCUCAAGGAGAAGAUGAAUGAGAGAGGAGGAGAUGCUAAUGGAAGAGGAGCUGUAGCUGAGAAGACAAGUGAGCCGCCGCCAUCAAAAGUUGAAGCUUUGGAUGGCUCCAACUAUGAGGAAUGGAGCGGGCGCAUGAGGAGUGCCUUCAAACGCUACAAGCUACUGAAGAUUGCUGUUAAGGGAGCCAAUGGGGAACUUGUGGGGCUUGGGAAUGUUCUGCUGGUUGAAGGUCUGUCUGCUAACCUUCUCUCUGUGCGGCGACUGCAGAAGAGCAAGGCCGAAGUGACCUUUGGACCAACCAGCUGCCGUGCUAAGCUUGGGAAGAAGAAGUUGGUGAAGGAUGGGAGCCUGAAGGGCUUGGAGGUGAAAGGGGGAGUGAAGGAGAUUGGGAGCUGCCCUAUAUGCUUGGAGACCAAGUUCUCCAAGUUCCCCUUCAACAGCACUACAGGACCAGCCAAGACCCCACUUGCACUUGUGCACAUGGAUGUGGUGGGGCCCACAAGAGCCCCUUCCCUCUCAGGCAGCCGCUAUUUCUUGACAAUUGUAGAUGACCACACUCGGGCAGUGUGGGUUUACCCUUUGAAGAGCAAGGGGGAGGUGGCAGCGGCUGUCCUUAAGGAGUGGAUGCCGAGAGCUCAGAGGGAAUGCGGACACAAGGUCGCCCUUGUGAAGAACAGGGUGCUGGCUACAGUUGGGGAUAAGGAGUGGAUCCCAUAUGCCAAGUGGUAUGGGAGUGCUCCAGCGGUUAACAUGCUGAGGGCAUUUGGGUGCAUGGUGGUGUUUCAUGUGCCCAAGGAGAAAAGGGGGAAGUUGGAGGCUUCUGGAAGAUGGGGAACAACACUGAGGGUGCUGUUAGCGAUAGCUGCACUCCUGGGAUGGAAGAUACGGCAGAUGGAUAUUGUGACUGCCUUUCUGAAUGGGAUCAUUAUGGAGGAGGUGUACAUGAAGCAGCCAGAGGGGCUGGAUGACGGGAGCGGCAGGGAGAAGGACGAAAUCCUCAUGCUCUUGGUGUAUGUGGAUGAUAUCCUUCUCUUUUCUGCAUCAACUGCUUUGCUGGACAGCGCAGAGCAGAUGCUGGAGAUGCAGUUCAAGUGCUCCAAGAUGGGUGAGGUGAAGUACUACCUGGGGAUGCAUGUGGAGAGAGAUGUGGAGAAGGGUGUGCUGAGGUUGCACCAGAGGAAGUACUGUGAGGGGCUGGCUGAAAAGUAUGGGCUGCAAGAUGGGGGAAAGCCAGCAACACCACUACCUUCGGGGUGUACUAAGGAGCCGACGGUGAUCUUCUGUGACAAUGAGUCUGCUGUGAAGCUCGCCAAGAAUGCUUGUCUGCAUGGGCUUACAAAACACAUAAGGCCUAAGUGGCACUGGGUGAGGAGACUCCUUGAUAAGGAGGUGCGGCUGGAGAUCGUGAAAACCCAUCAGCAGGCAGCAGAUAUUUUCACUAAGCGUUUGGCGGAGGCGGAUCAUUGGAAGGGCAUGAAGCUUGCUGGGAUGAGUGUGCAUUGAGUAUGCAUGCUUGAGAUGUGGCAUGAUGGAUGAUGGUUGGCAGCCAGAGGGGGAGAUUGUUGUGUGAUGUCAUCAUAUGCUAUCACAUUCUGUCUGCCUCCCAUCCCUCGUUUCAAUUCGCAUGUAUGGUUUGACUGUGUGUGAAAGAAUUUGUGCGUGGUGUGUUCUGGAGUUUGGGAAUGUGUUCUGUGUUAUUUUGUUUGAGCAGGUAUUUGUGAUGAUAGAUCUUGAGAAGAUCUUUCCGACGCAACAAGAAUCUCUUCAAUUGGAGCAAGAACGCGAAAGCUAUGAAGAUUCAAAGUUCUUGAGCUUGCGUUACAAUUGCGGCGGUUACAAAGUGAAGUUGUGGGGUGACUCACAAUGGAGUUGGGACCUUUGGGGUUGGGGAAAUUCGUCACUCUACUGUAAAAGCUGCAAAUAGGUUGGGAACAACCAAGCUAGGUUGGCAAGGGUGACCAACUUGGAUGGAUUGGUUGGGAAGGGACAAAGGUCAAAGUUGAGGUUCCUAUAGGGAGGGAAUCUUUGUGCUUAUGGGGUUUCCUUGGUUGGGGACUCUCUUGGGACCUUCCCUCUCAUCCCUCUCUUCCUAUCCCAACCUUUCUCUUGCUCCUUCCAAUUCCUUGUGAGAUUCUUGAAUUUUGAUUGAACUCUUGAGAUUGAGUUAAGUUCUCCUCCUACAGCUUACCCCCUAGUGCGUCAAAAGCCAUAGCGUCGCGAAUAAUUCAUCAAUCAACAU